UGACUGAAUAUAAGAUUUGUUCUAUACUAGGUAAUCAGUUGAAGUAAGAUGACUAUUCUUGUAAGCAUAGUGAUCCUUCUUGCUAGCUCUUUGUUCAUUUACAUCCUGCUAACUCUGAUUGGAUUGAUUAAGAAAGUAUGGUUGAAUCCAAUCCGAGUACAACACCUGAUGAGGUCACAAGGAAUCAAUGGCCCUUCAUACAGGUUUCUCCAUGGAAACACAAAGGAGAUCAUCAGCAUGAAGAGAGAGACUAUGGGAAAAGCCAUGGAUGAGAUAUCACAUGAUAUAUUCCCAAGAGUUCUGCCUCAUGUACAUUCAUGGGCAAAGUUAUAUGGUGCAAAUUUCCUCAACUGGUAUGGUCCUCAAGCUCAACUGGUUGUCACUGAAGCAGAACUUGUUAAAGAAAUUCUAAAUAAUAAAGAUGAAAAUUACCCAAAAAUCGACCUUGAAGGGUACGCAAAGAAGCUACUGGGAGACGGGCUCUCGUCAUCAAAAGGCCAGAAAUGGGCAAGGAUGAGAAAACUCGCCAACAGUGUUUUCCAUGCAGAGAGCCUGAAAAAUAUGAUUCCUGCAAUGAUCACAAGUGUGGAGACAAUGCUAGAGAAGUGGAAGGAAUAUGAAGACAAAGAAAUUGAGGUAUUUGAAGAGUUCAGAAUACUGACAUCAGAAAUCAUUUCCAGGACAGCUUUAGGCAGCAGUUACAUGGAAGGGAAGAACAUAUUUGAUAUGUUGAUGAAGUUAACGUUGAUAGUAUCCAGAAAUGCUCACAAAAUUAAGUUUCCUGGGAUUAGUCUAUUCUUGAGGAGCAAAGACGAAAUCGAGUCAGAGAAACUCGGGCAAGGCAUACGGGAUUGUGUCGUGCAGAUAAUAACGAAAAGGGAAACGGGAGAAACAUUUAGAACUGAUUUUCUUGGAAAGCUCUUGGAAGCUAAUCAGGACACAGAUGAAAGAAAGAGGAUUUCAGUGGAAGACAUAACCGAUGAAUGCAAAACAUUCUACUUCGCGGGACAUGAAACAUCAACAUCAUCGCUCGCAUGGACUAUUCUUCUUCUAUCUGUGCAUCAAGAAUGGCAAGAUAAAGCAAGGAACGAGGUGAUUGAAUUGUUUGGCCAAUCCAAACCUAAUCCUGAUGGCAUAGCAAGGCUAAAAAUUUUGACCAUGAUCAUCGAAGAAUCUCUGAGACUUUACUGUCCAGUGCCAGCCAUCAAAAGAAAGGUCGAGAAGGAAGUUAAACUCGGAAAGUUAACUCUACCACCUCAAACAGAGCUGUACAUUUCGCAAUUGGCGCUGCAUCAUGAUCCCAAUAUAUGGGGAGAAGAUGUUCAUCUUUUCAGACCGGAAAGGUUCGAACAAGGCAUUGUCAAGGCGACUAACAAUAAUCCUGUCGCAUUUUUGCCAUUCGGGUUCGGACCAAGAACUUGUGUCGGAUUAAACUUUGCAAUGACGGAAGCAAAAAUAGCACUUUCGAUGAUUCUGCAGCGCUACAGGUUGAUCCUUUCACCAACUUAUAUUCACUCUCCGGUUCAGGUUUUCAUGGUUCGUCCACAACAUGGAGUUCAGGUCAUUCUCCAGAAGAUUUGACGGGGCUUAAUUCGUCUUGGAAUUGUAUUGUGGGAGUGUGAAUAAUGUUGUACAUCCAAUAAGAAUAAUUUUUUAUCAUAAUCUUUCUUACUUUUCAUGUAAGAAAUCGGGCUGGGAACUAACAAUUGUGAGGCCUAAAUCUUACUAUUUGAGAGCAAGUUUCGAUUAAGUAUAAUCAUCAGUUAUGUAAUAACUUAUGCUCGUAAUUUGCAUGUUGUAUCCUAAAUCCAA